AUUAUAUACCUAAUUGCAAAACAAUCGAUUGACGAUACCUACAAUACCCACCUAGUUUAAAAACGAUAUAAUUAUUUUUUGCCCUAGUUAAUUAAGUACUCAUUAUUAUGUGAAAAUGUUAUUGAGGAGCAAUUUAUUGGAAAGUGUGAGCCUUGUUUCAACCACUGGAAUUGUGGCUUGUAUUGUUUUACAUGCCCUAACACCUAUAUCACCGAUAGGAAGUGUCUGGCUAGCUUUAUAUAUCGCUUUUUUUGCUAUCUCCUCUUUAUUUCUUACUAUAAAGUUUAUACGUUGGUUGUUAAGUCUGAAUAGACCUUUAAAAUAUGAUUUGGAACGUUUCAAGACACAAUAUCCUUAUUUAAAUUGUUUAUGGCGAUUCCUACCUGAGUUGGAGAAAUGUCGCGUAAAAGAAUCAUUCAAAGAGUAUGAUACUAGUGAACUGAGUAUAAUAUCAACAGUUUUGGAGAAAAAGCUCGUCUCUUCCUGGUACGUUCCGUUUAUAUCGCAGGAGAUCAGCUUCCCAUUUGCUUGCAAGCAGAUGUUAGAUCAGAUGAUACAGAAAAGUUUUUUGGUUUGUAAUAAAAUAGAAACAAGGGAUGUUUUCAUAGACAUCUGUACAAUAUUUGCUUUACAUCUCAAGGAAUAUAAAAAAGCAUUGAAACGCUUGGAAAAAUCACCUUCAGAAUCUAUAGAAAGUUUCUACAAAAAAGCGCAUGCAGUUUCUGACCCAAUGAAAAACUUAACUAAGACUGAUCAUUGUACGAACCUGCUACGAUUAAUUAUGAAAGAAUUAGUACCAUGGGAAUUAUGGGACACACCCCACUCAGAGCUCAUUGUUCGUAUACUGUCAAGGAAACUUGAUAGCUUCAUUGACAGCACCUUAGUAGAUCCUAUUUGGUUAAAUGAUAAAUUGCUUGCUUAUUUCAAAGUUGAAAAUAAAGUGUUGCUUUCGGAAAAAUCUGAGCCAAUCUUGGAAAACAUUCCGACACAAGAGGCAGAUACAGAAUGUACAAAAAAGAAAACUGAAGAUGAAUGUAAACCUGAAGAAAAGAAAGAACUUAAAGCAGUUCAAAUACAGAAGAAAGACGAGACUAUAAACAAGAAAGAGGAGUUGACCAGUGACCCAGUUGAUUUGAAGAGUUCUCCGAUAUUAAGGCAACGAAGAGGUCGACAGGGCAGGAAUGAGGUCAAAAUAUAUGAUAGAAUUAUUGAGGGUAAUGUCAAAACCUGGGAGACGGACAUGGACUUGCAGUGUAUCAGCCUUGGUCAAGAUUUGCUGGCUAGCUUAGAUGGUGAGAUAACACUAAGCCGGCUUUGGGGACAGGACGGUAGCCCUAACCCGCCCAGGACCAAUUCACCACAGCCGCUCUGGUUUGGGGAAGAAGACAAUAUAGAUGUGGAACUAAGUACGACUCCACCGAAAGAAAGAAAAGAGCAUAGCCCCAAGUCAGCGGACGCUUUGCUCAAGGACAUCCAGAGCACCGUCAGCCAGGCCAAGACCAAGAUCGGUGACCUCCAGGUCCGAGAUAACUUAGACUACAAGCGCUCAGAUGAAGCGGCAGGGAUGAUGGAAGGGCUACUGGACUUCGGGAUAGCAGGUCUGAAGAAGGGACUCCGCUUUACUGGACUUAGUGAUGACUCGCAGGACAAGUCUCCGUCCCAUCAGAAAUCUAAACAGAGUCCCGAGAAACUUGGAGAUAAAAUUCCGGCUGACUUCAAAGGCAGAGACGUUUCGGAGUGCAGAGAAGCCCCGCCAUUUUCGCAGAACAAAGAGGACAACAGUUCAAUGCCCGUGCUGUUGAAACAACACAGAGUGACGUCACAAGACAGUAUGCCGAGCCUCCCCCGGCCACCUCCCGACUCCCCGGAGCCGCAGUACGAGGAGGUGGCUGACCUGUCCACCAGCAUCGCCAAGUUGAGGAGUUUGCUCCAACAGCGGGAACAAACUCAGAGGGGAGAGGAAGUGUGGUGGGAGGGCGCGGAGGAGACCCGCGGGAGGACGCAGGCGCACCACUCCUCGCGCCCGGUGGACGCCGCCAACAUUGCGGAUGAAUACGACAUGAAUUUAGACAGAAACUCAUCCCCGGGACAGACUUCUAACAACAUGCAGAGACUUGACAAGUUGUUCCAACGAACGGUGACGGGAGUGUUCAACUCUAUAAAGACGGCGGUCGGGGCCGAGGGGGAGGCUCCUGUCGCGAUGCGACCUCAACACGACUGGGUCUACGUCUGCACCUCGCUUGAGAACAGCGUGGGCGGCGCGGUGGCGCGGCUGGUGGGCGCGCGGAGAGCCUUCACGCACGUGGACGCGGCGCUGGACUCGCUGGAGCAGCUCGCCGUCGCCAAGCAGGAACAACUCGUGCCCGACGACUUUGAGGAGUGGUGUGUUGAGUGCGGUGCUGCGUGGAGCGCGGCAAGCGCGGCGACCGGCGCGGGGAGCCCCGCCGCCCCUCCCGCCUCCCCGCCCGCGCACCUCGCGCGCCGCCUCGCCGCCGUACUGGCCGCCGAUAUCUUCGAAUCAAUGAUCACGGUGUGGCUGGACGAGCUGACCGCAUGGCUGAAGCGGCAGAUCUUCCUCUACUUUGAGGGUUUGUCUUCGACCGAGGACACGGCGGCCAGGCCGAAAGAGCUGCGGAACUUCGACCCUGAGCAGACUUGUGAAGUGCUGUUGCAGAACGCGGGACUGCUGCAGCUCCUCGGCGAAGAGACCCUUAAGUCAUCGAUAAAGCUGUACGUGAGCAGUUUGAGUCACAAGGAAUUGAAUCGUGACCUCAUGUUCAGAAUGCUGGACCUGUUCGUUUUGCACUUCAAGAAGUCAGCCUCAAUACGGAAUCCUUCUUUUGACUCGAACUGACGUCACGCGGCGCCGACCCCCGCCGCGCUUACACUGCGAGCAGCGUGACGCGUGCGGGCGGCGCUGCCGGGCGUGCGAGGGGCAGGGAGUGCGGGGCGUGCGAGGGGCAUGGAGUACGGGCUGCGUGCGAGGGGCAAGAAGUGCGGGCUGCGUGCGAGGGGCAGGGAGUGCGGGCUGCGUGCGAGGGGCAGGGAGUGCGGGGCGUGCGAGGGGCAGGGAGUGCGGGGCGUGCGAGGGGCAUGGAGUACGGGCUGCGUGCGAGGGGCAAGAAGUGCGGGCUGCGUGCGAGGGGCAGGGAGUGCGGGCUGCGUGCGAGGGGCAGGGAGUGCGGGGCGUGCGAGGGGCAGGGAGUGCGGGGCGUGCGAGGGGCAUGGAGUACGGGCUGCGUGCGAGGGGCAAGAAGUGCGGGCUGCGUGCGAGGGGCAGGGAGUGCGGGCUGCGUGCGAGGGGCAGGGAGUGCGGGGCGUGCGAGGGGCAGGGAGUGCGGGCUGCGUGCACACAGCCGCGUGACGUGGGCUGCUCUUCUUCGAUAAAAAUAUCGGGAAAAAAAUAUAAAAUGAUCUCUGUAAUUUAUUAAUCAUGUAUUGUAACUAGCGAUGUUAUUAAAUAAAAAUUAUUUUAUUAUGUCUGACGGCGCCAGGGAGGUCUGAGCGGCAGUUCCGUCAUCAUUCGUAUUCGGUGGAACUGAGUUUAUUGCAAUAAAAGUCAUAAAACCUU